AUGGAGUCAUCGACCUGUCAGGUCCCACAUGGGGACGAAGAGACGAUCGAGUGUUGGGACGACGAUGGGGACCUACACUGUUACGAAGACAUCCAUAUCCGUACGGCGUCAACUGCUACAUCCGUAACAAAUGUAUCCACUCGUCGAUCGGGUCAUCGAGACUCUAUAUCAUCCCGUCGGUCUGCUCGCUCUGACCUAGACUCGAACGCGGCAGACGAUGAGGAUUUGCAGGUCCAGCUUCCUGAUGACGACGAAGUUUUGAGUGAAGAAGCCAUUGCAUCUGCCAAGAAUGCAGGGAUUCCGUUGCCAGUCAACGUUCCCAAAUCGGCUCUCAUUGGGGGAACGAUCAAGCGAAUUGGGCGAAGAAAACCGAGAAAGAACUUUAUCGACGAUUGGUCUGACGAUGUUGAGCUUCCAGGUCCUGAUACUGUGCUCGAGCUCAAAAAGUUUAAGGACACAGUCUUCCCUGAGACGCUCAGGCAGCUCAGUUCAGCCACAAACAGUCCAGUGAAAAGAUCUGCUUCUCCUUCAUGGGAAGAUGAUCUUUCGACGCGCUUGCAGUCAGCCCUGACAAAUCUAAGUCAAUUUGCGGAUGACAGCAAUCACAGCUUGGCGGAUAUUGACAAUGUCCCUACUAUCAAAGUUGCGAAGCCUCGAUCACCAAAAUCGACCAGAUCAGUUGCCGAGCACAGCGUAACAAGGAUUAAUGCCCCGGUCGAAAAUGUUGAGGACGACUUCGAAUUACCAGCAGAUGACUUUCCUCUUCAUCUCUCUCUUCGCAAAGACGGUACGGAGGCCACUAGCCCUGCUCCAGAUGAUUUCGACCUGGAUUGGUCCGAAGGUAGUAUAGGGAUUCGCUUCGGUGGCACAAAGAGAGACCACCGUUCAAUUCCAAGCUCUGCUGUCUCGGUUGUUAGUCCUAGUGCUUCCAGUUGCCCGACAGGCGAGAGCGAGGACGAAGGGCUUGAUGGUCUUGUAAUUCCCGAAGGUCCUCUGGACCUAGAAUCAAUGUUGAAGAAGCGCCAGGAUACCGGCUCUACUGAUCAACCGCGCUACUCGCAAUUAGGCCAGGCCGAAUAUGAACUGACUAGCUCUGAUGAUUUUUUCGCGGGUCUUGAAAUCGAAAGCGGCGAUGCUUUCGAUUUGAAGAAACUUUCCCUCAACCCAAACGUAAAAUACAAGGUUGAACGUCCCAGCAGUCCGGCCCGCCGUUCAACAACCUCCAUCACAUUCACAAAUACUGCAGUUUCUCCGAAGACUCGGAUUCCGCGCCUCUUGGGUCAUGACCGUCAUUCAACACAUCUCGAGACUGUUUCAGAAAGUGGAGCUCCGAUGUCAAAGUUUCCGGGCUUACGCUCUUGGGCGAGGGGCCAUGUAACGCAUGCCUCUGUCUCUAGCUUGCCUUCAAGACCCAUAUCGACAUCUCCGACGCCUUCGACUCCCGGCCGGCGAUCUGUGACCUCUCGAUCUCCCAAAACCCCGUUAAGCACCGACCGCGCCGCUAGCGGCACACAGUCCCUCAGGAACAAACGAUCCAUGCCAAGUAUUCGAAGUGUACCGCAAUCUGCGUCGGUGUCAUACUUACAGGGUUCUCUUUCUCGCCGAGAUGAAUUAACGCGCUCUUCCAUUUCUCACGUUCGAGCAAGGACGCCAGUGGAGCGCACAGGAAGCGACUCAAAAUAUUUGAGCCGCAAGGCCCAAACGCCAUUCAUUCCAGCUGGGGCUUCCGAAACUCAAUCUCAUCACGUCAACGUCAAGGGUCCCCGAUACUUUCGUCGGACAAAUUCCGAUGGUUCCGGCGAAAUCCUUAGCUCACGAGUCCCUGUAUCUCGAUAUUCUCGAUCAAGUCGACAUUCGAUUUCGAACAGCAUUACUGACGAAUCUCAAUGUACAAAUUUGAUCACAGCUGCGAAGCAGACUAUCACUAGACCUACGCGGAGGCGUAACUUCGGUGAUGGAACUGAGCUGGAAUCAUUUGACGAUUUACCUACGUCCUCCUUUGCGGAGAGCAAGUUCAUCAAGCACCCAAUUGGACGCGGUAUUCCGAGGUCUCUCCGUGGCAGACUCGGUCAUAAUCAGACUUAUCCUGCAAGAACAGAAGUUCUGAAACCGCCGUCGACUCCAUGUACCGUCCCUACGACAUACGACCCUACUCCUCGGUUUGCACGGGAUACAAAUGCCUCAAGGAAUGCAAGAGAACAACGUAUCGCUUCGAUGUCAUUCAAUCUGAAAAGUCGUGAGAGCAAUCCACUUGGCCCUCUCAGCUCGAAUUGGAGAAAUCCUAACGUCUCUCGUGUUCCUUCGAACUCGGCGACGUUUAGCAGAAAAACCAGAGGUGCCACAGCGUCGGGUGGUAAGCCCUUCCUGAUCAAGUCAAUAGGAAAGGGCUCCCAGGAACCGAAGUACGUGAACGGUAUGCAUUACAACCCGGACUCCUUCCAAUGGGAGGGAAACGAGACUUCCGUUGUUGGGUUUGAGUCUUCAAGAUCCCCAAAGUCCCCCAAACCGGCACCUGCGUUGAUCACCAAUGUGAGUGCGAUGCAGAAUGUGCAGGUCGUUGGUGGGAUGGUUUUCGAUCCACGACGCAUGUGCUGGCUGAAGCUGGCAUCAUCUCAGCCGGGCGCACAGGGAAUGGUGGCAGUGCAGGUUGAAGACGAUGUCUUCGCCGGACUUGAUGACCUCGAUGAAAAAAGCCAGAGGAAACCUCCAGGUGGCCCAGGUUCUGGUAUCUACGAUGUUUUCGACCGUACUGUGAGUGGUGAUGAGCCGAGUUGCGGCGACUCAUCAGACGAGUGGCCUAUGACAGAGGAGUUUGAUGUUGGCCCAGAAUUUGUGAGACGCCAACGUGUCGAGGAAGAGAAGUGGAGGCGAAAGGUCGAAAAAUGGGUUCAAUCCGAACGUGAUAGACAUGGAAACAGUUGGAGGUGGGCUAUCCGAGAUAUAGUUGGUUUGAACGGCUCUCAUCAAGCUCAAGAAGUCCGCCGCAUGUGA